AUGCCCAAGAGAAAGGCUGAAGGGGAUGCUAAAGGAGAUAAAGCCAAGGUAAAAGAUGAACCACAGAGAAGAUCUGCAAGGUUAUCUGUUAAACCUUCUCCUCCAAAGCCAGAACCCAAGCCUAAAAAGGCCCCUGCAAAGAAGGGAGAGAAGGUACCCAAAGGGAAAAAGGGGAAAGCUGAUGCUGGCAAGGAUGGGAGUAACCCUGCAGAAAAUGGAGAUGCCAAAACAGAGCAGGCACGGAAAGCUGAAGGGGCUGGAGAUGCCAAGCGAACCUUCAGCAUAGACUUGGCUCCCUUAAACCUGUUGGUCCUGACCCAAAAGAAUUGGCUCCCAGAAUCUCAGGCAAUUUGGACCUUCCAGUGA